AUCCUCUGCUAGUUAUUGAAUUCAAACCAAAGUCCCUUUAUUAGUAUUUAACCCUCUGCUUCCCCAGAUUUCUGACCUUGUAUGCUUCUUCGUCGUGUUGGUACGCGUUCCCUUUCUCUUUAACUUCCUUGUGCAAGUUGGUUUAGAGCAAGAUAUUAUUAGCUUUAGGUGUGAUUCGAUAUUCAUGGGUUUCAGAAUGCAUCUCAUAUUUGCCACUAGUGUGAAAAUUAACAACUUCCCCUUUAGGGUUUUUGUCCUCAUUCAUCAAUUUUGGAAAUUCUGAUGGAAAUUCGACCUUGGUUAGAUUUUGGAAGCUUUAGGCUUUAUUGAUCAGUAAGAUUGGAAGCUGUUGUUUCGCAUCGAUUCAAGCCUCAAAAUCUGAGUUUGGGAGCUAUGGUGUGGUGUAAACAUUGUGGGAAGAACGUUCCCGGAAUACGCCCCUAUGAUGCUGCAUUGUCAUGUGAUUUAUGUGGCAGGAUUUUGGAGAAUUUCAAUUUUUCUACUGAAGUUACAUUCGUUAAGAAUGCUGCUGGACAGAGCCAAGCUUCUGGUAACAUACUCAAGAGUGUUCAGAGUGGCAUGUCAAGCUCACGUGAAAGGAUAAUCAGAAAAGCUACUGAUGAGCUUAUGAAUUUGAGAGAUGCUUUGGGAAUUGGUGAUGACAGAGAUGAUGUUAUUGUCAUGGCUUCUAAUUUCUUUAGAAUUGCACUUGAUCAUAAUUUCACUAAAGGCCGUAGCAAAGAACUAGUAUUCUCUUCAUGUCUCUACUUGACUUGCAGGCAAUUCAAAUUGGCGGUUCUUCUUAUUGAUUUUUCAAGCUACCUUCGUGUUAGCGUUUACGAUUUAGGUUCUGUGUAUUUGCAACUCUGUGACAUGCUCUACAUUACAGAAAACCACAACUAUGAGAAACUUGUUGAUCCUUCAAUUUUCAUUCCUCGAUUCUCAAACAUGUUAUUGAAAGGUGCACACAAUAAUAAACUCGUGCUAACGGCUACACACAUUAUAGCUAGUAUGAAGAGAGAUUGGAUGCAGACCGGACGGAAACCAAGUGGAAUAUGUGGAGCAGCACUCUAUACAGCUGCACUUUCUCAUGGUAUCAAGUGCUCCAAGACAGAUAUCGUGAACAUUGUGCAUAUAUGCGAAGCAACCCUAACUAAAAGAUUGAUUGAGUUUGGAGAUACCGAGGCUGCAAGUUUGACUGCAGAUGAGCUCAGUAAAACUGAAAGAGAAAAAGAAACGGCUGCAUUGCGAAGUAAAAGGAAGCCAAAUUUUUACAAAGAAGGAGUAGUGCUCUGUAUGCAUCAAGAUUGUAAACCUGUUGAUUAUGGAUUAUGUGAGAGCUGUUACGAUGAAUUCAUGACAGUUUCUGGUGGACUUGAAGGUGGGUCGGAUCCUCCCGCCUUCCAGCGAGCAGAGAAAGAGAGAAUGGAGGAAAAAGCUUCUAGUGAAGAAAACGACAAACAAGUAAAUUUGGAUGGACAUUCGGAUGAAUCAAGCACCUUGUCUGACGUCGAUGAUAGAGAGUUGGAUUGUUAUUUUCGGACGCCAGAAGAAGUGCGCCUGGUUAAGAUCUUCUUUGAUCACGAAAACCCCGGAUAUGAUGAGAAGGAAGCAGCUAAGAAAGCAGCAGGUUUAAAUGCUUGCAAUAAUGCAAGCAACAUUUUCGAAGCUUCUAAAGCAGCUGCGGCGAAAUCUAGAAAAGAAAAACGACAACAACGCGCUGAGGAAGAAAAGAACGCUCCUCCUCCAGCUACAGGCAUAGAAGCUGUUGAUAGCAUGGUCAAGAGAAAGAAAUUUCGCGAUAUUAACUGCGAUUAUUUGGAGGAGCUUUUUGAUGCGUCAGUUGAGAAAUCACCCAAGAGAUCGAAAACCGAGACAGUGAUGGAGAAGAAGAAGAAGGAAGAGCAUGAGAUUGUUGAAAACGAACAAGAGGAAGAAGACUACGCGGCACCAUACGAACAAGAUGAAGAAGACUACGCGGCACCAUACGAGAUGAACACAGAUAAGAAAUUCUAUGAAAGCGAAGUAGAAGAGGAAGAGGAUGGUUACGAUUUUGGAUUGUAUUAAAAUCAUACUUUUUAUCAUCUAAUUAUUAUUAUUUGGUUGACUAAAAAAAGUAUUUUAUGAUUUUGGCAUAAAAACAUAAUUUUACCGUUUUGACGAAAAAUAUGAUUUUGUUCUUUAGCGGGAAAAUAUGAUUUUACGGUUUUGGCGGAAAACAUGAUUUUACUGUUUUU